AUUGGUGAAACCCUCUCUUCUUCUUCUUCUUCUUCUCCUCCUCCUCUCAUCGCUUUUCACUGCAAGAUCCUGUGCUUUAUCUCUAAUUGAGUUUGUGGGAUAUCUCAUUCAGAAGUUGUAGCGAAGAUGACCCAAGACGCUGAGAUGAAUGAGCUUCCUGCUCCAUUGUCUUCUUCUUCUUCUUCAACUUCUCCCUCUACUCUACAGCAUUUGAAAGAGAUUGUGUUGCUUCUUGAGACUGGUGCUUAUGCCCGAGAAGUUCGGCGCAUUGUUCGUGCCAUUCGUCUGACUAUGGCGUUGAGGCGGAAGUUGAAGGCUUCAGUUCUUUCUCAAUUUCUGAAUCUUGUUCUCCCGCCAGGAUCCGAGGUUCACUCAAGGUUAUCGUCAUUUCUUCCUAAGGAUGAUGGCUACGAAAUGGAUGUUGACUCGGCAACACAGGCUCCUGCCAAACACCCCUUGCCCGAGAUAGAGAUAUUCUGCUAUUUGAUUGUGCUAAUAUUUUUGAUUGAUCAGAAGAAAUAUGAUGAGGCUAAGGCUUGUGCUUCCGCGAGCAUUGCCCGGCUGAAGAAUCUGAAUAGGAGAACGGUUGAUGUGCUAGCAUCCAGGCUCUACUUCUAUUACUCCCUCAGCUAUGAACUCACUGGUGAUCUUGCUGAAAUAAGGGGUAACCUCCUAGCCCUGCAUCGCAUUGCAACCUUGCGCCAUGAUGAAUUGGGUCAGGAAACUCUUCUCAACCUUCUACUUCGUAAUUACCUCCACUACAACCUUUAUGAUCAAGCAGAGAAGUUGAGAUCCAAGGCACCCCGAUUUGAAGCUCACUCAAAUCAGCAGUUCUGUAGGUACCUGUUUUACCUUGGCAAGAUUAGGACCAUUCAGCUGGAGUAUACAGAUGCAAAGGAGUCUCUUCUACAAGCCGCUCGGAAAGCACCCAUUGCAGCCCUUGGUUUCCGAGUGCAAUGCAACAAAUGGGCAAUCAUUGUUCGCUUGUUGCUGGGAGAAAUUCCUGAGAGGACGGUUUUCAUGCAGAAAGGCAUGGAGACAGCUCUGAGGCCAUACUUUGAACUUACUAAUGCUGUGAGAAUUGGUGACUUGGAGCUUUUCAGAACCGUUGCUGAGAAAUUCUCUAGUACUUUCAGCACAGAUCGAACCAACAAUUUGAUUGUGAGGCUGCGACAUAACGUUAUUAGGACAGGGCUUCGCAACAUUAGCAUUUCUUAUUCACGUAUCUCUCUGGCUGAUGUUGCUAAAAAGCUGAGACUGGACUGUGCAAAUCCUGUUGCUGAUGCGGAGAGUAUCGUCUCCAAGGCAAUCCGAGAUGGAGCAAUCGAUGCCACAGUUGACCAUGCGAAUGGAUGGAUGGUAUCCAAGGAGACUGGCGACAUCUACUUGACCAACGAACCUCAAAUAGCCUUCAACUCGAGGAUUGCAUUUUGCCUGAAUAUGCAUAACGAGGCUGUUCGCGCUCUCCGGUUCCCACCAAAUUCACAUAAAGAAAAAGAAAGUGCCGAGAAAAGGAGAGAAAGACAACAGCAGGAGCARGAACUCGCGAAGCAUAUAGCUGAAGAGGAUGACGACGACUUUUAGGUGACUGAAUCUGUGGGAGACAGGUACGAGUUUUUGAUGCAUCAAYCAAAUAAUACAGUUGUAUUGAAAAUUGCUUAGCAGAAAAUUUUUGAUGCAUUGAUUCAGAUGGCUCUAGCCCUGAUUUUCUUUUAUCAUGGAAUCAUUUGUGUUUGUAAUUGCCGGCUGAAACUAUUUCAUGGAAUGUUCUUGAGGUGCCCAUUUUAUAUACCCUUCUGAAUUGUAGCUUGAGUUGUGGGAUUG